AUGUCAACUUCAACUGACCUUGUCCAAUCGAAGAAGCUAGAGAAGAAACCUGUGAGCUUCUCUAACAUACUGUUAGGAGCAGCCUUGAACAUGAGUGAAGUCACCACUCUAGGUCAACCGUUCGAGGUCACGAAGACCACUAUGGCAGCUAAUAGAGAUUUGUCAUUUUUGCAGUCUUUCAAGCAUGUUUGGUCGCGUGGAGGUGUGUUCGGGUUUUACCAAGGUUUAAUUCCGUGGGCAUGGAUCGAAGCUUCGACCAAAGGAGCUGUGUUAUUGUUUGUUUCUGCAGAAUCUGAGUACCGGUUCCAGAGUCUCGGUUUUGGAUCCUUUGCGUCUGGUAUCUUAGGUGGUAUGUCUGGUGGUAUUGCGCAGGCCUACUUGACAAUGGGAUUCUGUACGUGUAUGAAAACCGUUGAAAUUACUAGAAGCAAGGCUGUUGCAGAAGCUGGUGCUGCGGUGCCGACUUCUUGGCAGGUUUUCAAGCAGAUUUACCAAAAGGAGGGUAUUAGAGGCAUUAACAAGGGUGUGAAUGCCGUUGCGAUACGUCAAAUGACCAACUGGGGGUCCAGAUUUGGUCUCUCUAGAUGGGUUGAGGGCCUCAUUAAGAAAUUCACUGGUAAGGAUGAACACGAGAAGUUAUCUGCUUUGGAAAAGAUCACUGCAUCUGCAAUUGGUGGUGGCUUGAGUGCUUGGAACCAGCCAAUUGAAGUUAUUAGAGUUGAAAUGCAGUCCAAGACCAACGAUCCUAACAGACCUAAGAAUUUAACUGUGGCUAAGACCCUUAAGUAUAUCUACGAAACAAACGGUAUAAAGGGGUUGUACCGUGGUGUGACCCCUAGAGUGGGGUUGGGAGUUUGGCAGACUGUAUUUAUGGUCGGAUUUGGUGACAUGGCGAGAGAUCUUGUUGCUAGGUUGACUUCUGAGACUCCAAAUGGCCACUGA